UCCCCCUCCCCAAAGACAAAGAGAAUGUCACCACCCCCCUAACCACCGCCUCCCACUCGAUCACCCCAUAACCCACCUGUCACCAGGUUGGGCCAAGCUAGCCCCCAACCCUCUCAGGUGAUGGAUCCAGUGGGUCCAUGGUACGCUUCGUACAACCGUCUGCCCCCAACCACCGGCGCAUACCCAGGUGGCUCAACCCCCGACUUCCUCCCCCACCAGCCCCCCACAACAACCACCCCCCUGCUCCUGCAGUCCCACCCCUCCUCCCCCCUGGCUGCUCAGCCGACCUUCAACCCCAGUGGCUUCCUGACGCCCCCCUCAGUGAGCUACGAGGUGUUCACCCCGCUGUUCCACCCAUCGCCCCCGAAGCAGUCCCACUAUGCUCACCGCCAGAUGCUGGGUCAGUCUGGACCAAAAACCCCACCCCCCGAGCCCGAGGCAACCAUCAGAGACUACCCUGGAGCCUCCAGCUUCUUCGAGAGCCAGGGCUCCUCAGGGCUGGCUUGGAGCCAGAAUAAUCAGCUGCCCAGCCCCUUCGGCAUCCUCCCCCACGAGAGUGUGACAUCCUCCCCAGGUCCUGGAGUCGUCAAAUCCACCUACGAGAACAACUUCAACAGCCCCUUCAACGCAGGAUCGCCCCUCAACACCCUGAGCGCAAUCCCACAGGAUGGCUUCAAGACGGCAAACUUUUCCGACCCCAAAAAGGUGCGAGCGCCUUCACCAAGUGCCAAAUCAGUGGUCAACGUGUCGCCAGGCUCCUCAGUCCCAGGAGCUCCAUUUUUCCAGCAGCUCCCCACGACCUACAACGACGACUCAGCCCUGGGGAAUGCUGGAGCGCUUGGCAACCCAGGCAGCUACCCCGUUGCCACCACCAAAGUGCAGUCGCCCCUGCACCAGUCCUGCAUCGUGUCAGCUCAAUCCACCCCCUCAGGCAAGGACUACAGACUCCAGGGGGCCCCGAGAACCCCAACAACGAUAUUCCAGGGGGCGACUGCCCAGGACAAGCCCAGGAUAUUCGGCUCCAGCCCUGGGAAGACGAGCACAGGAAGUGUCCCCACGAAAGCCCAGUCGAAGGUCUACCCAGACAUGGUGACCCCAGAGUUACGAAGGGAUCCAACAAUGGAGAGCAGUCAGUCCUCGCCGAUCAGCUUCUCCAUGAUGGACAGGAGCAUGAACUACGCGACGACGACCACCACCACCACCACCACGAACACUCCAAAGCUCCAGAGCCAACGAACCCCCCCCAACCCUGGAAUCCAGAGCCAGCAGUAUCACGUUCUGAACCAGCAGACCCCAGGCCAGACGUCUUACAGGCACUACACAGGCCCUCAGGGCGACCCUGAGUACCACCACCCGAGGUCCAAGUCAGCAGCUUCAACAGACUCGGCUUACUCCUCGAACACCUCUCAAAAUGGGCCUGACUGUGGGGUCGUGGUGCCCCGGAGACCCAGUCCCCUCCAGGCUCAUUCACAAGCUAGUCCCCUGGGGCACGUGCCCAGUCCAGCCUACCCCAUGUACAACAGCCCAAUGGCGUCUAUGUCGUCUCCAUCUCCCCUGCAGCACGAGACUGUCAACCAGUGUUCCAGUGCGAGUUACAAAGGAGCCCAGCAGGUGACACCACCAGCUCCCCUGGACGUCACUGUGCCCAGACCUGCGUCCCAGGGGCAGGUGGGCUACCCCUCUGUGAUCACGAGGGCUCUGGGCGCUGGGGAGAACAGGUACGAGAGGCAGGAGUUCGGGCAGAAGCAGAUCUGCUGGGAGAACGAGAGACAGAGAAAGUUCCCAGGUUACUCUGGGGAAAUGGCCCUUGGGCAGGGGCAGAGACAGGGCUCGACCUACUUCGAGGGUAACCAGGUGCCCCUGCAGGACCUGAGCAGCUGCAGAGACCCCAUGAGCGUCAAACCCCUGCCCCAAGCCUGCCAAGUCCAGCAGCAAGCCCCCGAGGUCCCCCCGGACGUCCAGAAAGACGUGGAGGAGCGCCAGAGGAAGAUAGAUCCCUCGAAAAAACGAAGGAGCUUCGACAAAAGCCAGCCAGCCCUCAACGACAUCCCUCCAGCCCCGAUGACUGAUUACCUCAACAGAGUCCCUCCACCAGCCCACCACAACUCCAAUCAGCAAAGCCAGAACGGUUACUAUGACUUCGAGAGGUGGAAUCUCCCACCAGCAGCUCCCAAAGUGUUUCCGGGUUCCUCUGGGAGCUUUGGGGCUCAGGGGGCCCUGCACUCUGGUAAUUUCGGAGGGAACCAGCCCCAGGGACUCAUGGGGCACACCCCAGCCCCCAUCCCCUACUUCCCAACGUUCCACCUGCCCUCGGGGGCUCAGCCGAACCCAGAGUUCCAGCCUGGAGUGGACAUUCCCUCGAUUCCCUUCGAGAACUCCAACAGCUCUCAGCCUGACUACCAGGACUACCGUGAGGACCAGCCCAAGGUGAUAGUCCCCAACAUCGAGGAGGAGUUGGGAUUCCUCCAGCAGAGUGAAAUUGCCCAGCAGCAGGCGAACCAGCUGACGAGGGAGUUGAAGGCCAGCAGCAAGGACCCCAACUCGGGCUUCAUGACGAGUUACUUGAAGUUCCUGCAGGGGGAGCGAGACCCAUCACCACCGGCGAUGAGGGGAGGGAGGAAGGCCACCUGGAGCAGAUCGAGGCCCUACGUGCCCCCAGAGUUGAACAGAUCCUGCGAGGCCAAUGGCCAGGUGGACCCGAAAAUGCAGAAUUCAUCGAAGGAGACACCGACGAUCGACUAUGCCAACGAUCCCAGGUAUUUUCCCCUGCCGAAGGAGAGGAAGAAGCCGUACAUUGACUCCAGUGAUGAUGGGAUCGAGAGUGAGGAUGACUUUCCGUUUAAAUUGAAGAGUGAGAAGAAGAAGGCGAAUGGGCCUGUGGAGAAUGCUCUGGUGAAGACUGAAGUGCCGAGGCCGAAGAAGGGAAGGCCCAUUAAGCCGGGGGGGCCGACUGACAGGAAGAGGAAGGCUGCUGCACUCGCUGCUGCUCAGGCUGCUGCCGAUGCCGCUGCUGGUAAACCACCGAGGGUAACCAAGGAGACGAAGAAGGAGACGAAGAAGGAGCCGAAGAAGCCGAAGAAGGAACCUCUACCUCCGAGGAGAGAGACUUCCAAGCGAAAAGCUAAGGAGCAGAUCUCCAGCAAGCAGCUUCAGGAACACUCCGAUGGGGAUGAGCAGGGCGACUCUGAUUCAGAUCCUGCGUGGACACCCGCUGAUAAACUGGGACCUGGGGAUUUGGAUAAGAAGAAGAAGAGGGGGCGACCGGUGAUCAGCAAACGGGCGAAGAAUCUUCUGGAUAAUGAGGAUUACUCCUCGGUGGAGGCCGUGGGGGGCAAGCGGGGGAGGAGGAAGAGUGACGUGAAGAAUUCUAUGGCCAAGGUCACCUGCAAGAUCGAUGAAAAACUACUCGCUUCUGUUACAGAUGAGGAUAUUGAUAUUUCGCCUUUUAAGCGAUACCCUGAGGAAGUAGACAAUGGGUCUGGGGAAUUUGUGGUAAUGAAGGCUGAAUUGGACGAGGAGUAUCCAGCAUUGUGGAGAAUAGAUGGAAAGACAUUGCUGCAGAAAUACGAGCCGUUCGUGUCAAACGGUAGAACCCUGUACAGAAAUAUAUCGACAUACUCGGGUUGGGCGCCCCAGAAUCGUCACAUUUACCAGCAAGUCCCUGUUAAAUUCUGGCAGCACAGUAAAAUGGAGACAAUCGUCGAAUUCCUGAGGGACGAAAUGCUCCUAGACGACUCUGAGUACGUGGACAGACGUAUAAAGGAGUACGAGAUGUACCAGGAUCAUUUCGAAGUUUACAUACAGACCCUGAUAUCUCAGGCACUGGACUCCAACUUCCUCACUGAGAUAUUCCAGGAGCAGGACGAUUACUUCUUAUCGAAUGUCAAGACAGUCGAUGAUAUGACAGAGGAGAGGAAACGCCUGCUCUUGUCCACAACGAAGUGGGGAGAGACGGUUAUCAGUGCCAUUUCCACUUGGCCAUGUCUCAAUAUUCUCAAGGAUCUGCCCAGCACUGAGUACAGGGGGAAGCAGUGUAAUGGGUGUCAACUUAGCAAGGUCUUCGCCAGGGUUUUGCUGUAUGGACAGCCGUACAAUGCUACCACCCUGGAGGGGUCACCACCCGAUCUCAAAGUGCCUCAGGAAAAGGACUUUCUGCUGUGCAGAGUUUGUCAGACUAAAGUAGGACUCUUCAACAAAGUUGCCCAUCAAAAAUACCUAAUGUUUCUGGAGUGUGCGAGAAGAGUAGCUGACAAAAGACUGGCAGAUCAGAAUAAAGACACGACGAUUAUUCUCAAUGAAUUGUUGGCCGAUGAGGUGUGGCUGAAUCAGUUAUUCAAAGAAGUUCGAACAAUUUGGGCGGAAAUAGACAACAUAGAGCACCAAGUUCGAAUAAAAGAGAGUGCUAAGACAAACAGAGAACGUGAAAUUGAUUGUGAAACGAAUUGCAAUGAUGUUCCCUCAGGUACAGGCGCUAAAACACUCAUCGAAGGCCUCACCAAGGCCUCGCUAAUGACAGACUCUGGUGUGAGUGUUUCGUAGUGAAAUUCCAGUGAUAAUUAAUCAACAGAAAAAAAUCAUAAAAUUAAUUCUAAGGACUGUCCGAGUGAUAAAUAUCUGGGAUACAAUUUUAAUGCAUGAAGGGGGGAGGGGUUGUAAACAUUAGACAAUAGUAUUUUUAACAUGGAUUAGAGUUUGCAGGAGAACGUAUGAAAAAUGUGUAUCAUAUUUACUCUGAGGGAAUUACUUUAGGAUAUUUCGAGGAGACGUGUCUUUUGCCAUUCGAGUUUAAUUUUAUUGUAAUUAACAGGAUGAAGCAGAAUCAUUGGUGUGAAUAGACUACAGUUUAUAUUAAUUAUUCUAGUUGAUACACAGGUGAAUGAAAAUUUUAUGUCCUUGGAUGAGGGCAAGUGAUAAGAGCGAAUGAAUGUAAUAUACAAGUUAUGCAUCAGUUGCAGGAUAAAUAAAAAGUUUCGUCAUUUUAUUCAGUUGUGAAGGGAAAGAAAAUUAAACUGAGCCAAUUCCACUUUCACUUCAGAUGAGUUGUCAAUGAAUGUCUCGGUAUAUUCGAUAAAACCUGCAGUUGAGGGAAGUUGAAUCACUAAUUUUCUUUUCACUUCAGGACUGAAUUCGAUAAUAAAGAGACAAGCUCGUUUUCUCUUCAUAGUCUGGUGCAAUAAAGAGUCUGGAUUCAUUUCUUUUUCAUUCUGUGUUCCAUUGACUUUAAAUUCUUGACUUAAAUUUUGUUUUUUUUUAGAGCACAAAUUUCGUUGCAGCACAAAUGAAGAACUGAUUUAAGAUUUGAUUUGUUCGCAGAAUUAAAUUCUGAAAAAAUACAAUGAACAUUAGAUCGUGGCAUUAGCUAGGGAAUUUUCUGCAUAAAACACUGGACAUUUUUCGUAAUAUUUUUAAUUGAGAAAAGAAUUCUUUGUACAGGCCUCAUAAUCUUCCAUUGGAUUUUUAUUCAUGACGACCUUUUCAUUGAAUGGCAAUUCGUUUUUGUGUAAAAAAUAGUUAUAUAUAUUUUUUAACUAGUUUGACCCGCACACAAUAUCCAUAUGUUCCCCACUUGUGGAAGCUUUCACGUGGAAAGCGAUAACAUUGUACAUUGAAAUUGAAUUUUAAUUUCUUAUCGUAAAAGCUAGCUUUUAGUUUUUCAUCUCAUUGGAGAAAAAUGAUGGAUAAAAAAAUGAAAAACAAUUUUUUCCAGAGAGCGACCAGGGGAAUUGUAUUUUUCGAAGAUGUAUGAGAUUAUAUUUAUAAAUUGUAAAGUAUAUUGAAGAGAAUUUUCUUCUGAGAAUUCUGAUGAGGUAUGAGUGAAUGAGAUACUAAAAUUACAAUUUUUUUCAUUAAUUUUUUUUUCGGAGAAUUUAUCAAAGUUUGGAUUGAAUAAAUGCGGGCAUUUGAGUGACAUCACAAUUAUUAAUUCGAAAAAAUUCAUGGUUCAAGCAAUUACCAAGAUUGUUUAUGUGGUGAAGUGAUGAAAUGUCAUGAAAUAUUUCUUGUCCCUUAGCAUUUUCUUGAAGAUGUCUGUUGUGAUUUAUCACUUCAACACAGUUAUUAUUUUUCUUAGGUUUACUUUCUCAUUUCGUUUGUAAGAUACGUGCCAUGCAAUAGAUGAUAUCAGGUGUGAUCGAUCAUCAGGGGGAAUUCAUCGAGAUAAAAAUAGAAAUGAUCGCCAGAUUUAGUGAACUCCCUCGUAGAGUCGAUCAGAAACCCCAAACGCAUUGAAUAAUAAUCAGCAAAAUAUUUAAAUACCAGUGAAUAAAGAGAACCCACAACAUUUCACAAAUUUGUAACAGCAAAAAAAAGUAAUACCGAAUGGAAUUGUAAACUCGUGAGACACUGACACCAGUAUUUUGUUCGUUUACAGUUCAUUUUGUUGAAUGAUAUCGUCUAACUAUAAAUACAUAAAUAACUGUAGAUCUUUAAACUACUGGCAUAAUUUAUGUUUUUAUUAAUAAUUUUUGAAUAAAAAAAAAUCACAAAA